UAAUUCCUUUUCCCGCCCAAAAAUCAUCCCCGCCCUUUUCUUCCUCCAUCCUUCUGGAGAGAGAGAGAGAGAGAGAGAGAGAGAUAUGGAAUCUGCGAAUUCGACGAAAGAGAUGGAACCUGAGAAUCAAAAGAAGAAUGCCAACGUCUACCAGAUCGGCGGACUCCCCGUCAAAUUCCCAUACAAACCCUACGGCUCGCAGCUUGCAUUCAUGGGCCGAGUCAUUUCCACCCUCGACCGCGCCCAACGGCAGGGCCACUGUCACGCCCUCCUCGAAUCCCCAACGGGAACUGGGAAAUCCCUUUCCCUCCUCUGCUCCGCCCUCGCCUGGCAGCAGAAUCACCGAUCCAAGAAUCAGCAUUCCAAUCUCUCUCACCCGACACCGACUCCAGGGCCCACUCCCGAUCCUUACCUAUCCGGCGGUGGAUUUGUUCCUGAACCUGAUCCCUCAGGAAAUAUAGAGCAGUCUCUACCUACGACAAACAACAGAAUCCAGAGGAAGCGCACAACACCCACCAUUUAUUAUGCCUCGCGGACACAUUCUCAAAUAAGUCAAGUUAUUCGUGAAUACCGUAAAACAUCUUAUCGAGUUCAGAUGGCAGUUUUGGCAUCGCGUAAACACUAUUGCACCAACAAGCAUGUUUGCAUGAAAGAGAAUGUCGAUGAGGAGUGUAAGUUGCUCUUAAAGGACCCAAAUGUGGGAUGUCACGAAUUCAAAAAUGUGCAUAAACUCAAAGCUCAUCCUUUGCUUCAGAAAGACGGCUGCCUCGAGGCUCAUGAUAUUGAAGAUCUUGUGAAACUUGGCCAGGCCGUAAAAGGUUGUUCAUAUUUUGCAGCACGGUCUAUGGCAACAGAAGCUCAGCUAGUAUUCUGCCCAUACACUUACAUCAUUAAUCCAAUCAUUCGGAGGGCAAUGGAAGUAGAUAUAAAAGGAGCUAUUGUGAUUCUUGAUGAAGCCCACAAUAUAGAGGACAUGGCACGCGAUGCUGGCAGUCUAGAUGUCGAAGAAGAAGUCCUAGACAUAUUGCAGACAGAACUAGGGCAACUGUGCUUGGUUGAUAGUGUUGCAAUGAUUUACCAACCUUUAUAUGACGUGAUACAAGGAAUCAUAAGUUGGAUUGGCCAGAGGAAAGAUAACUUGGAGAAGCAUGGAUUUGAACGCUACUCGUCGUGUUGGACUGGGGAUAAAGCUUUGAAAGAACUUCAAAAGGCCGGUAUUUCUCAGCAGUGCUUUCCCGUCUUGCAGGAAUGUGCCACUAAGGCGGUCAAAGCUGCUUCAGAGGCAGAGUUGGAUGGAGUGCAUUUAAGUGGCAAAUCAGCGGCAACGGUGGAAGGCUUAUUUUCUUCAUUUAGUUACUUUUUCUCUUCAAAUGGCCAUCAUGCACUUGAUUAUCAACUUGCUCUGCAGCGAUAUGCUAAAAGAGAUUCCGGACGUGCUGCUAGUGGCUGGACACAUUGCUUGAGUCUUUGGUGUCUAAAUCCUGCCGUUGUCUUCAAAGAAAUUGCAGAUAUUUCCCUAUCAGUAAUCCUAACAUCUGGGACACUCUCGCCAAUGAACUCAUUUGCUUCUGAACUUGGCGUUCAGUUUGAAGCAUGCAUGGAAGCGCCACAUGUUAUAGAUGUGGAAUCACAGCUUUGGGCUGCUGUUAUCUCUACUGGUCCAGGGAAUUGUCAGUUGAAUGCCAGUUAUAAAACAGCUGAUGGGUAUGCUUUUCAGGAUGCGCUUGGGGUUUCUUUAGAGGAAAUUUGCAAGAUUGUGCCAGGUGGUGCUCUUGUUUUCUUUCCUAGCUACAAGUUGCUGGAAAAGCUACGCACUCGUUGGGUUCAAACAGGUCAAUGGUCUAGAUUAAAUGCACAAAAAUCCCUUUUUGUUGAGCCAAGAGGAAACCAGGAGGAUUUUGAGCCUGUUUUGAAGGGUUAUUAUGAUUCAAUUCGUGGAAAGGGUAAAUCUCUGGGCCAAGGAGCUGCUCCUUGGAAACUCAAAAGGAAUCAUAAGCGAGACUCUAAAAACCUGAGUAACAACGAGCUCCCAGUAAAUUUUGUAAAUGGAGCUGCUUUUCUUGCAGUUUGCCGAGGAAAGGUAUCAGAAGGGAUUGAUUUUUCUGAUGAAAAUGCUCGUGUGGUUGUAAUUGUUGGCAUUCCAUUUCCGAACAAAAGUGACAUUCAAGUAGUGCUGAAGAAGAGAUACAAUGACACGUAUAAAUCAUCCAAAAAUCUUCUAAGUGGGAGUGAGUGGUACUGCCACCAAGCAUUCCGUGCUCUGAACCAGGCUGCAGGUCGUUGCAUACGACAUCGAUUUGACUAUGGGGCCAUCAUUUUAAUAGAUGAGCGGUAUAAGGAGGAGCGAAACAUAGCAUUCAUUUCAAAGUGGCUAAGGAAAUCCAUCAAACAGUAUGAGAGCUUUGACAAGUCGAUGGAGGGACUAAAAGCCUUUUUUCUUGAUGCCAAGGAACGGUUUGGCCAAAAAAGUAUGAACUUCGGAGAUGGUGGAUUAGAAAACUCUGACAUCAACAAGGACAAUAUGGCUUCUUUGAAGAAAGAUAUCUCAAGUAAGAGGACUCCAAGAAAGAGAAAUCAGAAAAUCAACAAGCAUGACAAUCAGAAUGGAAGGAAAGCAGCUUCUGACAUGAAGAUGCCAACUGCAAAAACUGGCCAAUUAACCGAAAUUUUAACAUUUGAAAGAAAUGAUGAUGCCUCUCUUUCUCAUCCGAGAACUCAAGAAAACAGUCGGGCUAAGGUAUCUAUUCACACAGAUGAAAAGGAUUUGAGUAGCUGUGGAAAAUGUAUCAACUCGCGGUACAGCCAAAAGAACUCCAGGUGGUCAGAGACAGUAUCCUUAUCAUCCUCUAAUAGCAGUCCAGACCAAUGUGCAAUGACAGACAACCCCACUGUAGGCAACAAUCUUGUUAGUCCUGGAGUUAUUCCCAAGGAUGAGAACUCAUACUCAUCCAUGCUUCGAGUCUCUAGUCCAUUUUCAGACCGGUUAUCCUUCCAUUCAGCUACCAUAACAAAUUCAAGUGCAGUUCUUUCCGAAGGUGCAUGCACUUCGUUGGUUACACCUGAAAGGAAAGUAAUCGGGGACUUCUUCAACCCGGAACAAGAAUCAUUUCUUAACUCAAGUGUGAAUUCUCAUAGCCAGAAAAGAAGAAAGCCAAGCCAAAUCCGUCAAUUAGGUUCUCCAUUCACAGAAUAUUCCCAUAUAGAUCGUAUCAGAACCAUGAACAUAUCUAGUUGCACAGAUCAAAAGAGUGAAUUGGGUUCUGAGGCAAAUUGUCCAAAAUGCAGAAAUCAGCUGGAUGUUCUGAGAUUAACUAAUGGAAACAGCAGUGCGUUAUCUACAUCAUCUGAUCUUGUUAUCAACAAUAAACUUCACAUAUGUUGCUCUGCCUGCAGAAAGCCAUUGGGUUUACCUGAGAACAAUUUCCUUCUUAGUUGUUCAUCAACUUCAUCUUCGAAAACUUAUUUGGCGUCUCUCCGAUCAGCAGAAUCUCUGUCCAGGAGUGAACCAUGUAGCAUACAAGUUCUAAUAUCAGAUGUUUCAUCUGUCGAUCAGAGUCUGUGUAACAGGUCUACAAUCAAUGGUACUCCACAGCAUGGUAUCUGGUGUGAAGAAGAUGGGUGUGUAUUCAGGACUGUUUGCUGCCCGUUCUGCACCAUCCCUGAGACAUGUCUUGGGCUUCAGGUCUUGGCAACUGAUGCAUCCAAUGUCCAUUUACUAAACAAGGUCAUCUUUUAUGCUGAUUGCUUGGAAAUCAAGAAUCAUGAAGAAGAAUCGAAAGAAGAGGUUCCUUUGCCCGUUAGUGGCUCAGGCUCCGGCCCCGUCUCAGGUUUGAGUUUGAUUGAGAAAUUCUCAUAUGUGCCACGGAGUAAUUCUAGUGGCUGGGUCACAACAAAAUCUAAGCUAAGGCUACCCAAGAGAGGUCUCGUUUGUCAUUCAAAUGAUCUAGAUGAGGCCCAUAUGCAAGCUGAGGCAGAUAUGUGAGUUGGUCCCACAUGCUCCCUGAUUUUGGAAGCUGCAAACAUGCCCGUUUUAAGUUUUGAACUGCCGAGAAGUGACUUCUUUCUGUACAUAAGCAAUCCUUGCCACUUGAGAAGAACGACAGCAGCAUUGCACAUCUAUUAUCAGGCCAAGAAGAUAGAGAAAUCCAACAAUGACAAAAUGGGGUAUAUUCGUGUUUAUUUAGUCUAGUUAAUUCAGACAAGGAAAAUGCAGUUCUUUGGGAUUGCGGCAGGAGUUUUAUUAUUGUCCUUGUUGGUGCGGCUGCUGAUGAGGAUUGAACUGCAGCAUCACAAUCCUUUGCUGAAGAAGUGAACUGCAAACUAGUGGAAAUUGCUGUGGGCUUGUAACCGAUUUCGAAUUGGUUCUAUACUUCUGUCAGAUAUUUGGCAGAUGUGGUACUUUUAUUCUGUAUAAUGAUCUUAUGUCAUUUCAUUUCAUGGAAUCUGUCGAUUCUGGCUAUUUGUUCA